CCGGCCCGGUCCCCUGCGCCGCACGGACGGUCCGGGGCCCGCGGCCGCCAUUGGCUCACGGCGCCAUCCGGGCACUCGGCGCGGCGCUGCCGCUCGGCCCCAUCGUCCCAAUAUGGCGGAGGCUUCAUUUGGGAGUUCGAGCCCAGUUGGCUCUUUAUCAUCUGAGGAUCAUGACUUUGACCCCUCUGCAGAAAUGCUGGUACAUGAUUAUGAUGAUGAGAGAACUCUUGAAGAAGAGGAAAUGAUGGAAGAAAGCAAAAAUUUCAGCUCUGAAAUCGAAGAUUUGGAAAAGGAAGGAAGCAUGCCAUUGGAAGAUUUGCUGGCAUUCUAUGGCUAUGAACCCACGAUCCCAGUUAUGGCAGGUUCCAGUGCGAAUAGCUCUCCAAGUGAACUUGCAGAUGAACUUCCAGAUAUGACUCUAGAUAAAGAGGAAAUCGCUAAAGAUCUCUUGUCGGGUGAUGAUGAAGAAACACAGUCCUCUGCUGAUGACUUGACACCAUCAGUUACUUCACAUGAGGCUACUGACUUCUUUCCUCGGCCAUUAAGAUCAAACACCACAUGUGAUGGAGAUAAGGAAUCAGAUGGUGAAGAUGUAGAGGCAGACCAUGGUAAUUCAUCUGAAGAUUUGAGAAAGGAAAUAAUGGUUGGUUCACAGUACCAGGCUGAAAUUCCAGCUUACCUUGGCAGAUGCAGUGAUGAUGAAAAGGCUUAUGAAAAUGAAGACCAUUUACUUUGGAAACCUGAUGUUAUCUCAGAAAGUAAAGUUAAAGAAUACCUUUUUGAAACCUCCUUAAGAACAGGAAAUGAAAAAAUGAUUGGCAGAAUUCCCGAAGGACUGCAUACACGGGACAGUGAACAAGCGCUGUAUGAACUUCUUAAAAGUAGCCAUAAUGUUAAAGAAGCAAUUGAGAGAUACUGCUCAAAUGGAAAGGCGUCCCAGGAAGAGAUGACAGCAUGGACAGAAGAAGAGUGCAGAAGCUUUGAACAUGCACUUCUGAUAUAUGGAAAAGACUUUCAUCUCAUACAGAAAAACAAGGUAAGAACCAGAACAGUGGCUGAGUGUGUGGCUUUCUAUUACAUGUGGAAAAAGUCAGAACGUUAUGAUUACUUUGCUCAGCAAACAAGAUUUGGAAAGAAGAGAUAUAACCAUCAUCCAGGAGUUACGGACUACAUGGAUCGUUUGGUAGAUGAAGCUGAAUCCCUUGGUGGAGCAGUGCAUUCUUCAGCCUUAACAUCUAACAGUCGAACAGAAACCAUUCCUGAUCAGCAGCUGAGCAUUCUGAACUCUAUUACUGCCAAUGAGUUGACAGCACUGACAAACAGUGUAGCCACAGUCUGCCACACUUCAGAUGUGACCUGCCUGGAUGACACCUUCCCUCCCAUGGACAGCUUACCACGAGCACCAGUUAAUCAUGUGCCUGUUGGAACAGAAGAAUUGCUUAAUUUGCCUAGCAAUGGUGAAAGUGAUUGCUUUAAUUUAUUUGAGACUGGCUUUUAUCAUUCAGAGCUAAACCAAAUGAACAUAUGCAGUGAGGAGACAGAAAGACCUGCAAAGAGAUUGAAAAUGGGAAUUGCUGUCCCAGAGUCUUUCAUGAAUGAUGUCUCUGUAAAUAACCUUGGUGUGGACUUUGAGAACCACACACACCACAUUACCAGUGCCAAAAUGGCUGUUUCAGUGGCUGACUUCAGCAGUCUAUCUGCAAAUGAGACAAAUGGUUUUAUCAAUACCCACGCUCUCCACCAACAUGCUGCCCUUCACUCGGAAUGACUGUGAAAAACUGAACAAACAGUGGGUACUUUAUGCAGUAGUAGUAAACUUGAUGGGAGCUAUCAGGUUUGCCUAGUCUUUCACUGGAAGUUUGAACUUUAUGACAUCAGUGAUGUCUUUGUAUGUAUAGAACUAUAUCUUGAUUUAUCAAGAGUAAUUUCUUUUUUCAGUCCAUAAAUGUGGAAAUGUCAUAGGAUGUUUGGCAGAGUUUGGGACUAAAAGAACUCUGUGGUGCAGCUUUAAGCUCUGCUUCAGUUUUAUUUUAAAGCCUGUAGACAGAGGCCACCGUUCCAAAACCAGCACACAAGUUCUGAACGGAUUGGAGUGGCUUUUUAGUCUAAGUUACUUUUGCCGUAAUGAAUGCAGUGGAAUAACAAUGUUUACAGGUACCAAUCCUGAUCCCUGCUCAAUGUAGCAUUUUUUUUUCCCCUUCUAAAGGCAGGGAUGGGUUUAUUUACUUUAAACUGCACAAACAUCCAAGGAUAUUUUUUAAAUGGAACCUUUUCUCAUGUGAUACUAAACUAGAGCACUUCAGUUUACAAAACAGCAAAUUCAUGUUAGUGGAAGCUAGCACAAGAAGCUUAACAUGAGUAAAGUGAAGAUCUACAUUUGGAUUCUGUUGCAAAAUUAUAGGCCAUGGCUACCUUACCAAGAGUAAUCAUGCUGCCGUAGAUGUCUGUGUACUUUAAACUCACUGGCUUAAACAGAUGAGUUGUAGGCUAUAUUGAAUUUGGGUGGGUUUUGUCCACGACUUUGAAGAGUAAGUAAUGCAAUCGCGUACCUUAACUUUCUUAACAUAGCUGAUGCUGUAUAAAGCUACAGUCUGCACAGCUUAGGAUUUACCACUCAGCAAACAGGCUACAUUUGGAAGACAUUUUAAAUUGUUAGGAGCACUGCAGUUCAAAGUGCUACAGUUUUGAGGGACUGUCUAGUUUGCAUAGGAAUAGUAGAACCUUGAAGUGCAUGCUUGGAAGUUUUUAUUUAGCAUGGAUUGCAUUUAUUUGUUUUGGCAAGUCAUUGGCUUCAAAAUGGCACUUCACUUCCUUGGUCAAAUCAGAAAGGAUGAGUAAAAAUGUCUCCCAUAAAAGCAACUAUUUCAGUAAAUUUUUUUAUUUUGAACCUUGAGUGCAAUUUAGCUAUCCAGGAAGUUUGUCUAGCAAAUGUUUGCUCCAAUUCCUGUAGGAGAGUCAAACCAAGCAUAGUAUUGGCUUGUAACAUGUUGAUGUAGCAUACAGCUUGCAGGGUGUUUAUUGGGAGCCUGAACCUUACUUCGGUAGGAUUGCCCCUUUCCCUCCAUACUUUUUCUUUGCACUGCUUUAUAUUACAAAUUUAAUUGCCACUAAUUUGUUUUCAUUAUUCAAGUGAUUAAGUUUGCGGUUUUGAUAUUUGUAAUAGUUGCUUCAAGAUUAUGCUGAGUAAUUAGAAAUUAGUGACUUUAAUAUUUGAAAGGGAGGAGGGUAUUUAUUAUGCGUACUGUGAACUGCAUUGACAUCCGGAGUCUUAGAUGCAGCAUAUGGAAUUUUCUUUACAGCAUUGCAAUGAAGAUUGCUUUGAAGUGUUUAUGCAAUAGGACAUUUACCAUAUUAAAAACAAAUUAAUUUCGCACAGUGGACAAAAUGGUAGAUAUAAUUUUUUGAUCAGUUCUUAACUAAAACAUCUGAAAUAUGUAACUUAAUUAAGUACACAGUAAAUAACGGGUAGCCCUGGCCCUGUGUUGUACUCUGGACAUUGUUAGCCAAGUUCUCAGCUUCUUACUGCUCAUUUUGUGCUGAGCUUUGUACCUUGUUUCUUUUGUUUAUAAAUCAACCCAUUUUAAGUAAUUUUGUAAAAUACUGGCCAUAAAUCCUCCAUUGUUAUACAUUCAAGUUUAUCUAUGGGUUUACAGUGAGUGGCUGGUCUGCAUAAAAAUCAUUAUACAAAGAUGACUGAAUGCUUAUACCAGUUGCACUUAAAUGAACAUGCCCAUUCUCAUUAGCUGAUGCAGUAAUAUAUUCAGUUUAUCUAUGCAUUGCUGGGCUCUUAAUGUAGGCAGAGACUUGUCUAAGGUUUGGGUUGUCAGCAAGUUGAAAGGACACUUUAGUUAUUUAAUAAAGACUUUGACCAAAAUUCAGAAAAUGAUAUGAGAGAAAAGUGAAUUCCGGGUAGUCUAAUAUAAAUGCUGAUCUUACUUAGCCUGUUGGCUAGCUAGCUGGUAUCGUUUACUUUUAAUUCCUUGUUAAAAUGAGGCAAUAAUUUGCAAGAUUUCGUAAAUAUGUAAAUUCUUCAUAUCUUUUUAGAUAUCUCUUUCAAUAUUUUCUGACUACUUCUGUGUAUAGUAACAUUUUUGUGCAUGCUUGAUGUGACAUUCAUAAAUUUGUACCACUAUGACUUUAUCCAUGUAAAAUAGCUAUUUAUUGAACUUUUCUUUUAAAAGCUGGACUUACUUUUUUUUUUUUCCCUCUCAGUUUAAACAUUUUAAAUGGAGAAGUUGUUACUGUUUAUUAAAAGAAUUGCGUUCUGAAACUCAGCAUGGAGAUAACUGAAUCGCAACCAUAUGAAGAAAUUAGAAUGCCUUAGUUCUUGGAUGGUGAAGCACAAUUCUUAUAACAAACUGUGAUGAAUUCUUUGUCCUUUGCCACAUGUUUUCUUCAUACAAACAGACCAAAAAAAUCCAUAAUGGGCAAUUGCAGUGUUGGUAAAUGUGUUCUUUUUAUGUACAGGGAAUCUGAAGAGGGUAGCAGAUUCAUUUAGAAGUGUAACUGGUGCUGUGAUUAUAGCAAUACCUUUCCUUCAGUUGGUCACACAUCAUCUUCUCAUGCUAGGUUCUUAAGUGUUUAGUCUUCCUCUUGUCAUGGUCAAACGGCUGAAUUUACUUGAAGUAUGUACAAUACUGUUUGAGGAAUAUGAAAUUGUAUACAAUUAGGUCAAUGAAUUUUGCAAUUGAAACUGAGAGUCAAAAAUAUAGGAAACCUUAAGUUCAAGUAGAACACAGUGAUACUACUUAAUUUAACCAAAGUCUCUAGUGAGUAUUUCAAGUUUGAAUGUAAACUAAUGGAUAAACUGACCAACAGGGAUACUAUUUGCCCAGCAUUACAAGCACAUUGUCUACAGACAGGGAAAGGAAAUACAGUAAUUUGUAAGAUAAUAAUGACAAGGUUACUAUUUUUUUUAUUCCUAUUUUUCACUGAAAGAAGGAGGAAGAUACUAUCAAUUGUAAUAUAAAGUAGGAAUGGAUAUAGUCUUCCUAAAAGAACAGAGAUUCCAGUUAUUCUCAGUUCAGAGUAAGUACCCUGUGCAUAACAACAAAUCAAGUGACAAUCGGAACAUGUUUUAGUAUCAGAUGUUCAAGAGGAAGUCGCUGUUGUUGCAUUGGUUCUAAUAUUUGUACAUAAACACUGAUUUUUUUGAGCAUUAUUUUGUAUUUGUUGUACUUUAUUACCUGGUGUACAGUUCCAGAAAUAAAUGUCUGGAAACCUUUCUUUACUUGUAAA